UGAACCUACAAAAAUUAAUUUCCAUUAAUAAUCCUGUGAAUGGAUGGGCACGUGCCAUUGACUUGGCCCCAAAAACGAGAUAUCAUCGUGGCCGUUGAUGAGAUGCCUGAAAAAUCUUCAAGAAAGCUGGUAAAUCAAAACUCAGCUCUGUUUCCUGUUUACUGUGUGGGAGAAAAAAUGACUCUGAGAGGCCUAAUCAGUCCUCCAAGAUCCAGAUCUUCUCCCAGAGAUUUCAGACCGCACAAUAAUGGCGCCCCAAAUCCGCCGUCGAGGCCCAAUUACAUGUCACCACGCCGCCGGCCCACCACGGCGGAGCAGCAGCACACUCAGACUCACAGAAAACCCAGUGCCACUGCUACACGUGCAACCAAAAAAAGUCCGCCCAGAAUCAGACCUUCACCGAAACCCACUGCUCCCAUCGUGCCUUCCCGGCGGCCAAAUCCUAACGAUCUGCACAAUCAGAAGAAAUUAGACACCAAAACGACGCCUAAAAUUGGCGGUGCUAAACCAUCGUCCCCUCGUACUCAGCCGCAGAGGCUGCGUAAUGGGGUUGAACCACCGCGUGGGCCCACACCAAUUUCCAAGAACACUACUCCAAAGCCAAAACCAGCCAUAGCCAUUGCUUCUGCUUCCAGAUCCGAUUCCCCUGCUGCUAAUUCUUCUCCCAGCUCCAAGCAUUUACCCAGCCCUGGAUCGGCUCAACACCAUGAUAUGAAGAAUCACAGCCCUUAUUCCGGCGGAACUUACACUCCACUUGCCGAUCCUCAACUUAACAAUCACUUGCAACGCCUUUCUAUAGACGGUAAAGAUCUUGCGAGCAUCAUCCUUCACGCAAAUUCGAUAUAUGAAUCAAUUGGCUCUGAUACGAUGGAAGAAUCUUUCCAAAGCAAUGCUCCAAGAAUAUUUCAAAUUUACAAAGACAUUGCAUCUCAUCGUCAGGAGAACUCAUCCGUUACAUCUUACUUCACAAAGCUAAAGAUAUUAUGGGACGAACUUGAAACUUACAGUGACGAUGUGCCUCAAUGUUGUUCCUGCGGUGCAAUGGAGAAGCUGAGUGGGCAUGUGGAGAGGGAAAAAGUUAUGCAAUUUCUCAUGGGAUUAAACAAUUCAUAUUCCACCAUAUGCCCCCAAAUCUUACUUAUUCAGCCCUUCCCAACGAUGGAGAAAGCAUAUUCCAUUAUAAUUCGAGAAGAAAAACGGAUGGAGCUGGUUACGUCGUUAGAAAUGGUUGCUGCAAAAGUAAUGGAAAACAAGUGGCUUCUUCAGAAUGAUCAGUCGAGUAAUGGUUAUGAUGAUGGUAUUCAUGAAGAAGUUAAUGGCAACACUGAAGAUAAUGUCGAAAUUCCCAGCUUCCCAAAUGAGUCAUUGCUCAUAGAUCUUGGCUCUCCUGUGCGAUGUUGAAUAUUUUCAGCUCAAACAAGUUUCAGGAUUUGAGGACAAAAAGAAAUAACUUUCCAAAUAUUAAUCAUUUAAUAAUCAACCAUUAGUGUGAGAUCUCGAGUUAGAAACGACUUAUCUUCAUAUUAGUGUGAGAUCUCACACGGAUUAGAAAAGACUUAUCUCCACGAUUGGUGAGUAGGAAUUCAUGCUUACUUUUUUAUGUAGUUUAUUUUUAGUGAGUAAAAACAUUUCAUGAAUUUGAUUUAGUUAUUAAAUGCAAUAUAAGGUGCUUACUCAAUACUAAUAAAUCACGUCAAGAAAUAAGUAAGCUUUCUACACUAAUUAGUGUGGAAGUAAGAUUUUGUCCAUUCUUCUAUUUAGGUAAGAUUGUAAUAUUUUGAUGGAGUGUUUGUUUAGUCAAGAAUUGAAGUUUUCAUA